AUGGAGGAGGCUAGCAGUCAUUCCGUCGUGCUGCACGUCUACGAUCUCUCGCACGGCUUGGCGCGGCAGCUGUCGCAGACGUUACUGGGGACGGCGAUCGACGCGGUGUACCACACGGGCGUCGUGGCGUACGGCACGGAGUACUGGUUCGGCGCCGGCAUCCAACGCGGCGUGCCCGGCCGCACCGACUUCGGGCCGCCCAUGGAGGCGAUCCGACUGGGGUGCACGGAGAUCCCGCGCGACCUCUUCGAGCAAUUCCUGGCGGACAUCAGCGCCAACUACAGCCCGCAGCGCUACAGCCUGCUGUCGCACAACUGCAACCACUUCAGCGACGAGGUCGCGCACUUCCUGCUGGGCCGCGGCAUCCCCACGCGCAUCCUCGACCUCCCCCGCCACGUCCUCAGCAGCCCGCAGGGCGCCCUGCUCGCGCCGCUGCUGCAGCAGCUGGAGACCACUCUCAAGUACGGCGCCGCGCCUCAUGCGCCCUUCCCCGCGCCCUCCCCCAUCAGCGCGUCCCCCAGCUACAGCAUUCCUGCGCAGCUGCUACACCCUCCACCCGCCUCUGUUCCCGCACCCACUGCGCCAGACGCUGCCUUGAAUUCAAGCAGCGCGUUGCCAGCAGUAGGUGCUGCUACAGCAGCAGCAGCAGCAGGAGCAGCAGCAGUCGGUCGUGGGAGCCAUGCGGGCGGCCUGGCUGCCAGUGAGGCUGCUGCUGCUGCUGUCAGGAGAGUGGUGGCCCGCCAUGGCCUCACUGCUGCUGCUGCUCCCUAG